CUGCGUGACUUUAACAAAACAUUUUGUGGUCGAGAUAACAAAAAAGUUAGAACGCCAUCUGCGGCACCACAUCUUGAGUUUUGAUGAUAGGCAUAAAAUGCCUGAUGUUUCCAUAAAUUGAAGAAAAUCUAAGUAAUCCCUUAGUUGCAGCCAACUUUAACGACAAAAUAGAGGCAAGAAGUUUUCACGGAGUCAAGGAAAAGACAGAAUAAACGAAACCACUCCCGUAAAAACAUGUCUGCUAUGUUUGAUUGAUUGACUGCAGCUACAGUGAAAACUUCUAGAGGUUAUUCUUCUACGAGGACAAGAUGUCGGACGACGAUUCGAAGAAGGGCCUGCAGUACCAGCAGCAGGAACGGCAGUUUCGCUCACUGAUAAGGGCUUGGCGGCAGGCGGCCAACAAACUUAGAGCUGCCCUCAUUGAUGAAGAACUUAUCUUAGUAAUUAAACAACAGAGAGAUGAAGUACAGGCAGCCAUAGAUAAUGCAUCGAUGCUGCAGGAGUCUCUUAGUAAGACUAAAGAGGCAUUAAAUCUGGAUGAUGACAGCAUUGACAGAAUCGAAGAGAUUGAGGAGCAACAUACCGAACUGAUGAAGGAAACUCACAUUCGAAUGAAGGCUCUACAAGUAGGCUCCUCAAAUUCAACGUCAUCUAGACAUUCCUCCAAACGUUCAUCACAAAAGGAGGUUGAAUGCAAACGGUGGGUUAAUGCUGACAACCAAGAUGAUUCUCCCACAGAGAAAAUGACUCCAAGUGCUCAAGUUCUUGGAACAAGUGAUCAAUUAGCAGCAACCAUACUGGACCAGAUGAGUCUCAAUCACCUGCCCCCUCCAGAACCGCCUGUGUUUGAUGGGAGUUCUCUGCAAUAUCCCACAUGGAAAAGAAGCUAUGACCUGCUGAUAGAAAGAAAGAACAUAAGGACAGAGGAUAAGUUCUAUUAUCUUCUGAAAUACUUGAAGGGACAACCCUUACUACUAGUUCAAGGUUAUUCAUUGUUAGGUGAUGCCUUCUCCUAUGCUGCAGCUAAACAGGCCUUGGAAAGUAGGUAUGGCGAUCCCUUUGUUCUGUCCAAUGCCUACAGAGACAAGUUAGAAUCCUGGCCGAGAAUCAACAAAAGGGAUAGCCAAGGCCUACGAAUGCUGUCUGAUUUCUUGAAACAGUGCUGUACAGCAAUGCAAACCAUAGGAAAUCUGGCGCAAUUGGACGAUGAGAGGGAAAAUAGAAAGAUCCUGGCCAAACUUCCAGACCAUCUCAUCAUAAGCUGGGGUAAAAGAGUUGCUAAAUGGAGAGAAACUCAUAGAAACACCUUCCCUUCAUUUCAAGCAUUUAGCAACUUUAUCGAGGAAGAAGCUAACAUCGCAUGUGAUCCUGUUACCUCACUGAAUAGUGUAAAGGAGCUGAAGGUAGAGAAGAAGCGGACCGUGUUGGGUGCGAUAUCCAUGUACACCUCAACAGAUCAACGCCCACAGCCUCCAAGAAAAGGAAGGAAGCAGGAGCAAGUCUGUUUGCUUUGUAAGGAACAUCAUCAGCUAGGAAUUUGUCAGAAGUUCCUUUCAAUGACCUUGAAAGAACGAAAGAACUAUGUUCGAGAGAAUGGACUGUGUUAUGGCUGUCUCAAACGAGGGCACACUUCAAGGGAAUGUAACAGGAAGCACACAUGUAGUGUCUGCAAAAAACGACAUCCCACAUCUCUUCAUGAAUAUUGGAACAGAAGUAAUCAAGAGAGAACCAGUGUGCAGAUGGAGGCCCAGCCUGCCAAUGACAGCUCUUGGCCAAUAGAGCAACUCAGAACAUCAAGUUCUCAUACCACAGUAAAUCACAUGACUAAGAACAGGCAGGCUGUAAGGUGUUCUUCGGUCGUUCCAGUCUGGAUAUCUCAGAAGGACAGCAUUGAUGAGAGACUGAUCUAUGCGUUGUUAGACACACAGUCUGACACAACAUUCUUGCUGGAGUCUACCAAAGAAGCAAUGAACCUACAUGGUUCAAAGGUAAAUCUUCUUCUCUCUACCAUGUCGAGGAAAAAUGAAAGGAUACCUAGCGAGAAGAUUCAAGGUCUAACAGUUCGUGCCCACAACAGCACAAAGGUAAUCAAUCUUCCUGCAGUGUAUACUCGAGACAUUAUGCCUGCCAACAGGGAGCAUAUUCCUGUACCUGAAGUGGCAGCCUCGUUUCCUCACCUGACUGAAAUUGCAGAGGAACUGUUACCACUUCAAGAAUGUGAGGUUGGACUGCUCAUCGGAUAUGACUGCGCCAGUGCUCUAACUCCUCGCAACAUAAUUCCUUCCCCUGAUGGAGAUGGACCGUUUGGUAUGAAAACUGACUUAGGUUGGAGCAUCGUUGGCGUAGCUAACCAGAAGGAGUUUGAAGUCAGCCCUGACGACAGAAUAGGGUUCAGUCAUCGCCUCAUCACUUAUGAGAUACCUAAUGAGCUGAACGAGAACACGACUUCAAAGGGAAAGAGUGUGAUAUUUUCGCACAAUGUCACCAUCAAGGAAGAAAUAAAUCCUUCGUCAGUGCUUAGGAUGCUGGAAGCUGAUUUCUCUGAUCUCAGAAGCAGUAAAGAACCCUUCUCACAGAAUGAUGUAAGGUUCAUGAGAAUCAUGAAAGAUAAUGUUCGAGUGUUAGAUGAUGGACAUUAUGAGACCCCACUCCCAUUCAAGGAAAAUGCUCCAAAACUGCCAAACAACAGAUAUAUGGCAGAUAAGAGACUGCAGCAUCUGAAAAGGAAGUUUGAAAGAGAUCCAAACUACCACCGUAGCUACACAGAAAAGAUGGAAGCACUCCUUGAGAAGGGAUACGCAGAGCUAGCUCCAGAACUCAAGGCAGAGGAUAGUCCAGUGUGGUAUAUCCCUCAUCAUGGCGUUAUACAGCCUAACAAACUUCGGGUUGUGUAUGACUGCAGUGCUCAAUGUAAAGGACAAUCUCUAAAUGAUCAUCUCCUUACUGGACCAGACCUGACGAAUGCACUUGUAGGUGUACUCUGCCGAUUUAGGAAGGACGAGAUUGCAUUUAGCUGUGAUAUAAAGGAAAUGUUUCACCAAUUCAGAGUGAGAGAGGACCACCGUGACUACCUGAGAUAUCUGUGGUGGAAGAAUGGAAAUAUCCAUCAAGAUCCUAUGGAGCUACGUAUGACUGUCCAUUUGUUUGGAGCAUCUUCCUCGCCAGGCUGCUCCAAUUUCUGCUUGAAGCAAAUAGCUACUGACCAUGCAGAUAAAUUUGGAGAUGACGUGAAGGACUUUAUCCAUCGAGAUUUCUACGUGGAUGAUGGAUUGAAAUCUGUCCCUUCUGCUAAGGAUGCCGUUGAUCUAGCUUCAAGAACGAGGCAGUUAUGUGAGAAGGGUGGACUACAUCUACACAAAUUCAUAUCAAACAACAAAGAAGUAAUGGAAUCUGUUCCAGAGCCAGAUAGAGCGAAAGGAGUCUCAAAGACGGAUCUUCUGGGAACCGACUCACCAAUGGAAAAGGCUCUGGGAGUGUUAUGGUGUAUCGAGUCUGACACACUGAAGUUCAGACUCACUCUACACGACAAACCCCUGACGAGAAGAGGAGUGUUAGCCACUGUCAUGUCAAUAUAUGAUCCACUAGGUCUGCUGGCACCAGUCAUACUACGAGGCAAACAGAUCUUGCAAGAACUAUGCAAGAAAGCAGUAGACUGGGACGAUGAACUGCCUGAUGACCAGAUGAGUAAAUGGGAGAAAUGGAGAGCUGAUUUACUCAAUCUCGACUCGAUAUCAAUACAGCGAUGCUACAAGCCUGCUGGAUUUGGAGAUGUCAAGAAAAUGCAGCUUCAUCACUUUUCUGAUGCUAGCACUACUGGUUAUGGCGAGUGCACAUAUCUAAGGCUAACCAAUGAUGAAGGCAAGGUGCACUGUACACUGUUGAUGGGAAAGGCCAGAGUGGUUCCUCUCAAACCUAUCACUGUGCCACGUCUGGAAUUGACUGCCGCAGUAAUCUCAGUCAAGAUCAGUGCAUUUCUCCAGAGAGAACUUGUACCCCCAAACACGGAAGAGUUCUAUUGGACAGACAGUAAUGUAGUGAUGGGGUACAUUAACAAUGACACAAAGCGAUUUCACGUGUUCGUCGCUAACCGUAUACAUCAGAUUAGACAGCACUCUACCCCAUCACAAUGGAAACAUGUGGGAACACAUGAUAACCCUGCUGACCUUGCAUCCCGGGGAGCUACAGUCAACCAACUCCUGUCAUCUUCAUGGUUCAAUGGUCCAGAGUUCCUUUGGGAGAAUAAGGCAGAUGAGUUCAAACAAGAUGAUGAGUUUGAUGUAGAACCAGAUGAUCCAGAAGUAAAGAAAGCUCAUACAAACAUUGUACGGGGCCACUCUAAGCCUUGUGCCUUUGAGAUUGAUCGAUUGGAUAGAUUCUCCUGUUGGAUCAGAGCUAAAAGGGCAGUAGCAAACUGCCUAAGACUGAAGUCUCUCUUGAAACAGCAAUGUCGAGAACGAGGUCUUCCCAUCUCGUCCCGCACCAGAAAGAGUUCUCACCAGAUCGUACCACACAAACUAACUAUGAAGGAACUGAACCAAGCCCAAUUGGAAAUCUUGAAGGCUGUACAAAGAGAUGAAUUCCAUGAUGAGUUGACGGCUAUACAGAACCGAGCAGCCAAAGGUAAUGACAUGAAUACAGGCAAGAGAUACAGACGUAAGCAUCAAGGCUAUAGUCGGUUUCACCGUCUUGACCCUUUCGUCGACUCUGAUGGGAUACUAAGAGUAGGUGGACGUCUCACAUGUGCUGAAGGUUCUUAUGAGAGUAAGCAUCCAGUUAUUCUACCCAAGAACCACCAUAUCACAGAGCUAAUAAUAAGACAUUGCCACAUUCAGACAGCCCACCAGGGUCGAGGCAUGACCACCAACCAGUUGAGGUCAAGCGGUUUCUGGGUCGUAUCUGGGAGCUCGACGAUCUCAAGAUUCAUUAAUAAGUGUGUCACCUGCCGUAGGCUACGCGGUGAAUCUCAGUGGCAGAAGAUGUCAAACCUGCCAAAGGACAGAGUUGAACCUUCACCACCCUUUACAUACAGCUGCAUGGAUGUUUUCGGUCCUUGGGUGAUAAAGGACGGCCGGAGAGAACUAAAGAGAUACGGCCUCCUCUUCAGCUGCAUGGCUUCUAGGGCUGUACACAUAGAGACUCUUAACUCAAUGACAAGUGACUCUUUCAUUAAUGCUCUCCGACGAUUCCUAUCCAUUAGAGGUCCUGUCCGUCAACUUCGUUCUGACAGAGGCACAAACUUCAUCGGAGCUGUGUCUGAGCUAGGAGAGGGUAGCGCUGCUCAUCAUGACCAGAUCAGAAAAUUCCUUCUGAAUAAAGACUGUGACUACAUCUACUUCAAAUUCAACGUCCCAUCAGCAAGUCACAUGGGAGGCGUAUGGGAGAGACAAAUACGCACUAUACGCCGAGUACUAGAAGCCUUGCUACACAAAGCUGGACAGCAACUUGAUGAUGAGUCCCUGCGCACCCUCAUGAACGAAGCAGCGGCUAUUGUAAAUAGUAGACCUCUGACCAUCGAGAACUUGAAUGACCCCACACAUCCAGAACCCUUGACACCGAACCACCUGCUAACGAUGAAAACUAGUGUGCUGUUACCACCUCCUGGCCAAUUUCAACGAGAGGACUUGUACUCUAGGAAAAGAUGGAGGAGAGUUCAGCAUCUAGCCAAUGAAUUUUGGAAGCGUUGGAAGCAUGAGUUCCUUCAGAGCCUUCAGUCACGUCAGAAAUGGACUUAUCCUCAGAGAAAUGCGCACGUCGGUGACAUUGUAAUCGUAAAGGAUGAGAAUCCAAGAAACCAAUGGACGCUAGCCAGAGUAGUUGAUGUAUACCCAUCCUUAGACAAUCAUGUGCGCAAGGUUAAGUUAGUGAUGAGUGACUCUAAAUUGGACAGUCGCGGAAAGCGAAUCUCACAGCAACGUUACUUAGAACGACCAAUACAUAAACUUAUUUUGUUGGUCACACAGGAAGACCAAGGAAGAUUCCCUAACAAGGAGCCAUAGGGUCUGAAUUAAGACUAUUUUUUGUUUUGCUGAAAUUGGUAUCACUUUGGGUCUAAUAAUAGUAAUAUUAUACUUAUUUCAUUUCAAUCAAUUUGAUACCACUGUUGGGUCUGAAGUUAAAGACUAAGUAGUUGUUAUUUUAAAUGUCAUUCAUUGAGUCUGAAAUUAGACUAAUUCAGGAAUAUGAGGUGUUGUUUUUAAAUAAUUUGAAUUUAACCAGAAUUCCUAAGUCUGGAAGUGAUAAUAUCCAAAGUUGUGUAACAGUUUAUCAUGACUAUUGAAUUUAGCAAAAUACUACAGCCUGAGUAUGAGACUAAAUUGAAAAUUGACAGUUUGUCAUUAUAAUUGAUUUUCGAACAAAAAAAAAAGAAAAAAAAACCAAACAAACACAAAUUCCUUGGAACAUAUAGGCGUUCCGUCACAAUUUCUUCAUUUUUUUUUUGGAGGUUAACCUGAAUAAUUUGUAUUUGUUUGAUUGGGUCUAUAUUUGAGACUACACAAGUUCAAGGUUGUUAGCGCUCUACAUUGUGGUUAUAGUGAUAGCUUGACAAAAUUUCAUCCUUUAAAUGAUCAUUUGAGUCAGUGAGUCUGAUACAAGACUAUAGAGUGAUAUUUGUUUCUUGAAAUGUAUAAACAUGUCGUAUUAUCAUUUGAACAAACAAAUUGAAAGGAUAGAAUUGAAUUGUAUGUGUAAACAUAGGCAUGAAUAUAAAUGAUUAAGAAAUGUGUUAAAAAGGUAAAAAUUCAUUGUGCCUACUUUGGAUUGAAUUAAUCCUAUUGAGGUUUAACAUGCAAGUCCGUUUUAUUAUUUGAAUUGAAAACCACAGAAACACUGAAACACUCAUGGAUUGAUGAAGUUUAACAUUAUCGGUAGUUUUUAAAAAUUGCACAUGUGAAACAUGUUCAAGUUAAAUGGUGUGAUUAGAAGAAUGUAGCACACCUUUACAAAUAUUUUCAUAAUCUCUGCGUACUGCAUGAAUUUAUAGCGGAUAGGAACUUCAGAUAGAAGCAUGAAGUGUUGAUAGAGUAUAUCAAACUAUGAGGUAAUAUUACACACUUUAAAAUUUGGAAAUAUGCAAAUUUGCUCGUAUUAGAAUGCUUCAUGCAAUCGAGAGAAUGUUUGUUAAAUUUCUGAUUGAUAACUUUACGAAUCAGUACUUAGAUUCAAACUAUGCAAAAAAUAAAUGCAUGAUUUUUUUUGGUAAAGGAGAUUAUUGAUAUUACCAAGUGUGAAUACUGUUGUUCAGAUUUAGUGAAAAUUGACUUUGAAUAUACUAUAUGUUUAACUGUUAAGGAAUGCUACAUAUUUUUGGAAUCAAUAUUGAAAGACAAAGAAGUUAGAUGUAAACACAAUCUUGAUUUCUAUGCUAUACAUGUGACAUACAGUAGUGGUUGUAAGUUCAUUGAAUAAUCUAUUGUGGUAAAUUAGUUAAACUAAUUUAAAGGAGCCAUGUAACUGCGUGACUUUAACAAAACAUUUUGUGGUCGAGAUAACAAAAAAGUUAGAACGCCAUCUGCGGCACCACAUCUUGAGUUUUGAUGAUAGGCAUAAAAUGCCUGAUGUUUCCAUAAAUUGAAGAAAAUCUAAGUAAUCCCUUAGUUGCAGCCAACUUUAACGACAAAAUAGAGGCAAGAAGGUCAGUGUUUACACUCGUAUUGUAUAAUUUAUUAGAAAUAAUGUGUGCUAAUAUGAUAUUUUUGUGUUAAAAUAUUAGUUGAUUACACUCGUACAUGUGAGUAGCGUUACAUGCCCCACAUAUAAGAAUUCAUGUUGGUUAUAGUUUACGAAGUUAUUACGAAGGUCGAAAGUCAUUAUGAAAUAGUUUCUUUGAUGAAAGGAUAGAUUUAUUGUUGAAUAUAGUAUCGACCUGUAUGAGACAAGUAUUUAAGUGAGUGAAGUUGUGAGCAUUUAGCUAUUACAGAAGUGUUAGGAUAAUUAAUGAAAUACAAAGAAGGGACAUUUUAAGGCUAUAUUUAUAAGGUCAGAUAAAGGGCAAUUGUGUUGAAAUGCCCAUGGGUCACGCCCAAAUUUCUAGUUAUAGAGAUGUUAUAAGAGAUAUAUGAUAGCAUGGACCUAAGGAAGCUUUAUUUAAUGAUAUCAUCUAGUUUGAAGAGCUAUGUCAAGUUUCAUGAUAUUAAUUGGUUUCCAUUUAUGUAUUUUAUUUGUUACAGUUUUCACGGAGUCAAGGAAAAGACAGAAUAAACGAAACCACUCCCGUAAAAACAUGUCUGCUAUGUUUGAUUGAUUGACUGCAGCUACAGAAAGAAUGGAAAAGAGAGGAGAGAAAGGGAGGAAAAGAGGAGAAAAGAACAGAUCACGUUCAUCACAUCUUGACAUGUACACACCAUAUCCUAUCACAGAUGGUAUAGCCAGAAAAUUGC